AUGGCUACAGUAGUACCGCCACCAUCGAAAAAGCAAAAAAGAGAAGCUCAGCAAGUGAGGGAAGUGAAUCUUGUCCCCGAUGACGUACCUAAUGUGCUAAUCAAGUUUCAAGCUUCGGAUACUGGAGAAUCAACUGGUGGAUCAAUUCGGGUGCCAGGAGGUAUCACAGAGAAACAAUUGGAAGAAUUACUUAACAACUUAAGAGGCGAGAGUGACGACCCUGUACCGUAUACUUUCUCGCUAUUACAUGAAGAAGAGGGGAACAAAUUGGUCGAUAUUAGAAAUAAUUUAUACGAAUCGGUGUUGAAGCCAGGUAUAAAGACAACCGAAGAUUUUCUCACCUUAUUAUACACACCAAGAGCUGUUUUUAAAGUUAAGCCAGUGACUCGAUCAAGUGCAGCCAUUGCAGGUCAUGGAUCUACCAUUUUAUGUUGUACUUUUGCUCCAAAUGAUUCGGGGCGCAUGUGUACUGGUGCUGGAGAUUCGACGGCACGGAUAUGGGAUUGUAAUACUUCUACUCCAAUGCAUACUUUACUGGGACACACAAAUUGGGUUCUCUGUGUUGCCUACUCGCCAGAUGGAACCAUGAUUGCCACGGGUUCGAUGGAUAACACUAUAAGGCUAUGGGAAGCCAGUACUGGAAAGCCUAUUGGAAAACCAUUGGUUGGGCAUUCAAAAUGGGUCAGUUCUUUGAGCUGGGAACCUUUGCAUCUUGUUGCUUCUGAUGUGCAACCUCGAUUAGCAUCAAGCUCGAAAGAUGGAUCGGUUAAAAUAUGGAAUACUACAUCACGAACAUGCGAGCUUACAAUGAGUGGACACACAAACUCCGUAUCUUGUGUUAAAUGGUCAGGAUCAAAUAUUGUAUAUAGUGCUUCACACGACAAGACGAUAAAAGCAUGGGAUAUUUCUGCUGGUGGAAAGUGCGUACAGACUUUAAAGAGCCAUGCUCAUUGGGUCAACCAUCUAUCAUUGUCGACUGAUUAUGUGUUGAGAAAAGGUGGAUUUGACCACACGUCAACCAAGUCAUCAAAGUACACUCCUGAAGAGUUGCGCAAAAGAGCCAAAGAACAAUACGAAAAAACUGCCAAAUUGAAUGGUGUAAUCAGUGAGAGGUUAGUGACUGCCAGUGAUGACUUUACAAUGUUCUUUUGGGAACCACUCAAGUCGUCCAAACCAGUGUGCAGAAUGACGGGGCAUCAGAAAUUAGUCAACCAUGUUAGUUUUUCACCGGAUGGAAGAUAUGUUGUCUCAAGCUCGUUUGAUAAUUCGAUCAAAUUGUGGGAUGGUAUUAGAGGAACAUUUGUUACCACGUUACGAGGCCACGUUGCGCCAGUGUACCAAACUGCAUGGUCGGCAGAUAAUAGGUUAUUGGUUAGUUGUUCCAAAGACACCACGUUGAAAGUUUGGGAUAUUAGGACCAAGAAAUUGAGUGUGGAUCUUCCGGGACACGCUGAUGAGGUGUAUGCUGUCGAUUGGAGUUUGGAUGGUAAAAGAGUGGCUUCAGGUGGAAAGGAUAAAAUGGUUAGAUUGUGGUCACACUAG